UUUUCCGAAAAUUCUAUUUUUAUCUCCACUAAUAAAGAACUCGCAAAAUCAAAUAAGUCAAAAGCGAAAAGAGAAGUUUGUUAAAUAUGGCAGAUAAAAACGGAUAUACUAGUGUAAAAACAAAUACCGACAACUUGAAGAGGACGGGUACAAAACGAUCUACCAAAAUUGUCGCCUGGUGUCUGAUAAUAUUAAAUGUGUUACUGCUGGCUGCACUGUUAAGUCUAGUAAUAGGAUGGCGGGAAUACAGAAAGAAAAGCCUAACUCCACAUGAACAAACCGUAUGUCAAAACUGCACCGAAAUCGGGCUUGAUGGCAAGGAAUUACCAAAGGAAAUGGCCGGAAAGAUAACAAGAGAUAUGACUGGCAAUUCGACGGAAUGGAUUUGCUGUGGAUAUACAAGUGAUGUUUUAAACUGGAUGGUUACUAAGGCAAUACACGACAGAGGAACAAGUGUCAAGUCAAGUCUUUAUCCGUUGAUAUCUAAAGAGUGCAAGAAGACAACACAAGCAAAGCCGUCUGCGCAAGUCAACGGAAUAUCAGUGUCAGAAAUGGCAAAAGAACAAACAGACGUAAUACAAUGGAAUACAACUGAAUCUUCAUUUAUGGGAGAAGGGAUCACUUACAAAAAUGGCAGACUGACUAUCAAACAGCCGGGCUACUAUUAUAUAUUUUCACAGAUAAAACUGAAAAAUAUUCCUCUUUCAUACUCAACAAGUGACGUAUUCGCGAGUGAAACUUUGCCUAAUCACUGGAACCAUUAUAUUUUCCACGUCUCAAGUGAAAAUGGAAAAGAACAAAAGAUUCUCGAAAGUAGUAGAUCGCGUUGUGAAAUGCCAAAUUCGGGGGAUGAGACUACGAGUUCAUUUGGUGCAGUAUUUUACCUGGCAGAAAAUGACGAAGUUUUUGUAAACACUUCCCAUCCACAGUAUCUUGCACCUUGUGAAGAAGGAAACCAUUUUGGUUUAUAUAUGACUUGACAUAUAUGUGAAAUAUCAUCUGUGACACAUGUGAACCCUUGGAACGUUCCAUUCAUAUAUUCAUCGUCUCACUUGUAUGUUUAUGUAUGCUUUAGGUAUUUAUUUCCUAGUGAUUUAAGCACAUGACUAUUUCAUUGGAAAUAGACAAAUCACAUGGUUCAGCAAAUGUUGUUGUGAUCUACAGAAGUUAGUUCAAUACUAUUACACAUUAACAUAUUAAUUCAAAUAUACAUUUAAUCAAUAUGAGAAAUAAAAUAGGGUUAUUACUAGAGUACCAUUAUCUGCAAAGUUGUAUUCGGCUCAUGUGUGGAUUUUGCCAGGCCUAGAUCUCACGUGGCGCUAACGAUGGGAGAUGAGUACAAUGUUUUGUAUUCAAUUCAGUAAAUAUUUAUUAGUAAAAUAUGUGAUGAAUUUGAAUAAAAAAAAUCAAGGGUAUAUAUAUAUAUAUAUAUAUAUAUAUAUAUAUAUAUAUAUAUAUAUAUAAUAAACUUUGUUAUCAUCUGACAGUAUUUUGUCUAUUAUGACAAAUGUAUAGAAAUGCAAAUUGUGUAUUUGUAUAUAAUUGUUUAACGAUUGCUUCAACAUACUUGUUUUGCUGUAAACAUAAUAAUCUUGUCAGUAAUAGAAUAUUUUUCGUUUCGUUUCAUUUAUUGUUUAUGUAAUGUAAAAUAACAUAAAGCAGAAGGGGCGAAAGUUUUCUGUCCAGUUCUACUAAGUAUUUGGUCAAUGCUUUAUACAGUAAUAUAGAGUAGCUAAAAUGACGUUUCUGUGUAUAUAUGUACUAAAAAAACAAUAAAUAAAUGAACAAUAAUAUUUCUGUAAAUAAACAGAAAAAAGCUCGGGUUAAUCAUAACGAAAUGAUUAUGAAUGAAGCUAAUAGUAUGUAAUAUAACAUUACACAAUGUUUAUUAAAUAAUUUUAUUGAACGAACCUGUUUAAUGCAUCUUCAAAUGUGUUUUUGCAAUACUGAAAACUUCUGUGAAAAUAUCCUUUGGAAGCAAAUAACGCAACCAAAAAUAUAAUAGUAGACACGGUUUGCUUGAGUCUUUUAUGAGAUGUAAUGCAAUGUGCAACACCGAUCAUGCCCCCAAAUACAGGCUUAAGCGGAAUUUUAUUACAAUAAACAUGAAUUUUCACAAUGAAUCAGAAAAUAUAACGGCACUGAUUGCUAUUACGAAGAGACAUUUUAGAACCGCCAAACUGCGCUUAAAGGCAAUACAAUACGUUUAUUCUGGAUUAUGAAAUAAUUUAUGAAAUAAUUCAUUUUUCUGUCUGCAUCCUUUUUUUCUGUCAUUAAAUUUUCUCCUCAACACAGUAUUGUUGCAGAUGUAUUUCAUAACAGUGAUAAACUUUUGUUUUCUAGCUCUUGUUAUUUGUUUUCUUUAUCAUAAUCAUGUCUUUAGUUCGUUCAUUUACUCGUGCGUGUCCCGUGAGAUUUGUAUCUGUUCAGUUGAUAAACUCAUUAAGGUACAUGUAACCACCGAACCUUAUUUUACCUAAUACUCAGAAAUGUUCAAAUUUCUAUCGUCUAUAGAAAACAUAGAUUUAUUUAAAACUCCUUAUUGGAUAGAUAUUUCCUCUUUAUAUCCUUUGUUUCCAGUUUUAAAGAUAGACAUUUCUGUUACUACGUCUAACACAGUUAUGUAUAUUCACAUGUUGCAGAUAGUUUUUUAUUUUCUUAUAUUCAAUUUAAAAUAUGUUGCAUAUUUUGUAUUCAUAUCAUUAUGUAAAAAAGCUUGUUUAUAUUAAAGUCAAUAAAACUAAAAGAUAUAUUAUUAAAAUACUUGUAUAUUA